GGCCAAAGUCAGUCCGCCGGGAAGAGUCGUGUAGUGACUCGGGAACCAAGUGCUCUUCAACGCCUGACAACCUGAGCCAGACUCAUUCUGGGUCCAGCCUGUCCUUGGCCUCCGCGGCGACGACGGAACCAGAGAGCGUUCACUCGGGGGGCACACCUUCCCAGCGAGUUGAGUCGAUGGAGGCCUUGCCCAUACUAAGCCGCAAUCCCAGCAGGAGCACGGACCGAGACUGGGAGACCGCCUCUGCAGCCUCCUCCCUGGCCUCCGUGGCAGAGUACACAGGUCCCAAGCUCUUUAAGGAACCCAGUAGCAAAUCAAACAAGCCUAUCAUUCACAAUGCGAUAUCCCAUUGCUGUCUGGCUGGAAAAGUGAAUGAACCGCACAAGAAUUCAAUAUUGGAGGAGCUGGAGAAGUGUGACGCCAACCACUACAUCAUCAUACUGUUCCGCGACGCUGGCUGCCAGUUCAGGGCGCUUUACUGCUACUACCCCGACACUGAAGAAAUCUACAAACUUACUGGCACGGGGCCAAAGAACAUCACCAAGAAGAUGAUUGACAAGCUGUAUAAAUACAGCUCAGACCGAAAACAGUUUAACUUGAUCCCUGCCAAAACCAUGUCCGUCAGCGUGGAUGCGCUCACGAUCCACAACCACUUGUGGCAGCCCAAGUGGCCCGCGGUGCCAAAGAAGACCCAGACUCGUAAAUGACACAGACACGGCCAAGUGUCUGAAGGGCCUGCCCGCGGGAUUCUUAUUUAUUAUUUUCAUCCAUUUGGGUACGAAGUGUGCAAAGUCACAACAGACCUUUUGCAAAGAGGCUUCUAGACAAUAAGGAAAACCCCUCUCUUAGCUCCCAGCUCACGCAGGGCUGCCAGGCGGCGUGAGGAUGGAGGAACAAACGCCGUGUUCCCAGUGGUUUCUGCUGCUGCGGUCGCCGCUCACCACUGAGGCCCCCGAGGAGAGGCUCCCAUGGGCGAGACCCCUGGGCCGCCAGCCUCCCUUACUUGAAGUUCUCUGUCAGUACGAGUUGAAUGCAAUCCACUCUGCUUUCCUGCCUCUCACCUUGCCCCUUUGCACAUCACCCAGCACCCUCGUGCCGGCCGGCUGUAGCCCCUGCGAGUGUAGGACAGACUCACGCUGGGUCGGGUGUUUGAAUGUGUUUAGCGAAGGAAUUUAUAGUGGGAAAUCUUUUUCAUUUGAGAAGUUGUAUGAUAUUUAUUGAUUGUGUCUACUGCCAACAUUUAUAUCCAAGUCUAAGAUUUCUGAAAAAAUUCUUGUUCCCUGCUGCUCAGAAAAAGUUUACUGAAAAUACCAGUUCACUG